CUGCGAGCUGCUGGAGGCGGUGGCGCGGGUGGCGCCCAGGCCCGGGGGCCGGCGAGCCAGCUCCAGCCCGUCGCGUGCUCUCCGCUCCCCACCGAUCCUCUGGCCCGCGUCGGGCGCCUGGUGCGGGAGAAAAGGUACUGAAGAUGGCAUAAGAAUAAAUCGCCUUCCAAUGAUUGAGAACAUCUGUACCUGUGGGCACCAGCCCAAGCCAGUGGCUUCGUGUUGAGCUGACGGAACUUGUCCACAGCUUUCCCGAAAACCUCUUUCUCUCAAUUCAUGAGCCAGCAGGAUGUGGUCGCUGCACUUUCAGAACGCCUUCUCAUAGCUGCAUACAAAGGCCAAGCAGAGAAUGUGGUUCAGCUCAUCAACAAGGGCGCCAAGGUAGCGGUUACCAAGCAUGGCCGGACUCCCCUGCACCUUGCUGCCAAUAAGGGCCAUCUUUCUGUGGUCCAGAUCUUGCUGAAGGCCGGCUGUGACCUGGAUGUCCAGGAUGAUGGGGACCAGACUGCCUUGCACCGGGCCACGGUGGUGGGCAACACGGAGAUCAUUGCCGCACUCAUUCAGGAGGGAUGCGCCCUGGACCGACAAGACAAGGAUGGGAACACCGCCCUGCAUGAAGCCUCCUGGCAUGGUUUCAGUCAGUCAGCCAAGCUGCUCGUUAAGGCAGGAGCCAAUGUGCUUGCCAGAAACAAGGCAGGGAACACGGCUCUACAUCUGGCCUGCCAGAACAACCAUUCUCAGAGCACGCGCGUCCUCCUGCUGGGCGGCUCCCGCGCCGACCUCAAAAAUAAUGCAGGCGACACCUGUUUGCACGUUGCUGCACGCUAUAAUCACUUGUCCAUCAUUAGGCUCCUCCUCAGUGCUUUCUGUUCUGUCCAUGAAAAGAACCAGGCUGGAGACACAGCCCUUCAUGUUGCUGCUGCCCUAAAUCACAAGAAGGUGGUUAAAGUCCUACUGGAAGCUGGAGCUGAUGGGACCAUUGUGAAUAAUGCAGGCCAGACUCCGCUGGAGACUGCCCGCUACCACAAUAAUCCAGAAGUUGCUCUUCUCCUCACUAAAGCUCCCCAGGUGUUGCGCUUCAGUCGUGGGCGAAGCCUGAGGAAAAGGAGAGAGAGGCUCAAGGAGGAGAGGAGGGCGCAGUCUGUCCCGAGAGAGGAGGUUGCACAAAGCAAGGGAAGUGUCUCAGCAGGAGACACCCCCAGCAGCGAACAGGCUGAGGUCAGAAAAGAGGAAGCCAGAGGAGAUUUUCUGUCCGCCUCCCCAGAGCCCAGAGUGAAGGAUAAUCGGAGGAGAAGGUCAAAGCCCAAGGUGUCGGCACUGUCUGACCUCACCCCACCCGCAGACCAGCAGCCCGGACCCCAGAAAGACUCACACACUCAUCACCCCAAGAAGAAAAGCAGGCAUCGGUGCUUGUCCCCACCCCCACCCCAUGAGUUCAGAGCGUACCAGCUGUACACGCUGUACCGGGGCAAGGAUGGGAAAGUGAUGCAGGCACCAAUAAAUGGUUGUCGAUGUGAACCUCUAAUCAAUAAGCUGGAGAACCAACUGGAGGCCACUGUGGAAGAGAUAAAAGCAGAGCUGGGAUCAGUUCAGGAUAAAAUGAAUACAAAGCUGGGACAUAUGGAGAGUAAGACCCAGCAUCAGAUGCGUGUGUUGGACAAGCUGAUGGCUGAGCGACUCUCGGCAGAAAGGACAGAGUGCCUGAGCCGCCUACAGCAGCACUCAGAUGCUGAGAAGCAGGAGGGAGAGAGACGGCAGAUAUCCUUGGUGGAUGAGUUAAAAACUUGGUGCAUGUUGAAGAUUCAGAAUCUGGAGCUGAAGCUUUCUGGAGACCCUAGGGCCUCCAGGGCUAAAUCUACACCAUCUACUUGUGAAUCCUCUACAGGUGUAGAUCAAUCAGUGGUGACUGCGGGCCCAGCUGCAGCCUCUGACAACUCUUCACAAGUGGUGAGGCCCAAAGAAAAGGUCCCCAACGCCACUGCUACCCACAGACUCCAGCAGGAGCUGUCCUCCUCUGACUGUACAGGAUCCCGACUGAGGAAUGUUAAGGUCCAGACGGCCCAGCUACCCUCGAAUGAGGCAGCCAGAUGUGACCAGGCUGGGCCAUGUGUCAACAGAGGCACUCAAACCAAGAAGUCUGGGAAGAGUGGGCAGACAAGGCAUCGGGCCCAGCAGCCCAGUGGCACUGGUGGGCAGGCAGCAGCCAGCAGCGAGCAGACUGCUCCUCACAUCCGCAACACUUCUCAGGCCCUGGAGCUCACCCAGUAUUUUUUUGAAGCUGUUUCUACGCAGAUGGAAAAGUGGUAUGAAAGGAAGAUUGAAGAAGCACGAAGUCAAGCCAAUCAGAAAGCCCAGCAAGACAAGGCCACACUGCAGGAGCACAUUAAAAGUUUAGAAGAGGAACUUGCUAAACUGAGGACUAAGGUACAGAAGGAAAAUUAGGACGUGGAGAAAAGAGAAUUAUUGAGGAUUUCUAGCCUUGCAACUACAGAGUAGCAACGGCUAAGAAGCUGACUGUUGUACAUGUAACAGAUUUGCUUUUAAAAAAAGUCACUGAUUUCUAAAAUGUGCCAGAGACAUGCUUCAUAUACCCUGAAGUUACAGAGAAGAGACUUCAACAAUUAAGCUGAAACCAGGGGAAAGUUGGUCUUUCGGGUUUCAAUACAAACCCUAAAUCUCAGUCCAGGGUCAUCUGAAAGUCAAAAGCUCAGAUUAAGUAAACCAUGUCAGAAGCAGAAUGAUGCAUAACCCUAAACUAAAAAUUCAAGAUGUGUGAAAUUUAAGUCAAAAGCAAGAAAAUUACUUGUAAACUCAGUGAGUCAUUUGCAUAAAUACACCUGCUGUGCCUAGGCAAAAGCGUCUUUGGAAGAGGUGCUCAGCCAGCACCUACCCUCCCCCACGCUAAUCCUCAAAAUGGUGAGGUUCUGAUCAGGUAAAAAUUUACCAAACACAUUCUGGGGGGGACAGAGAUUUUCAUGAUGUCAUAAGAUCCAGUAUAUCUUAGUUUUUUGAAAUGCCAAGAGAGUAUUUAAAUGCCAAGUAACGACUGGCUGACAGGACCAGAAAUGUUAAUGAGCUCAAAUGAGAAAAUUUCAAAUGACUGAAUCAUGGUUUUUAUAUUUUCAGCUAAAAAAAAAAAAAAAUUAAUCAUAGCAGAUUAACAGAAAGAGCAUUCAUGUAACACAUACCUGAAACUUCUAUAAUGCACUCAUAAACCUAAUUAACUUAGAGAACCUUUCUGAAUGAGAUCUAAU